CGGCGGGAUCUCUCUCCUCUUUUUUUAGCGCCGUCGGAGCGGAGUCUUCUACCUCCUCCCACCCCGGACGGACACACUUGCGCAGCGCCGCCUCUCAAGCACCCGCCGCCCGGCUACACAAGCGAAGUAUCACUCGAGACUUGGCAAAGAUGGCAGACCUUGACAACAAAGAUCAAGCCGAGAUAGACCCGGCAGAUAUGGAGGACGUGGAGGAUGUGGAGGAGGAGGAGACGGUGGAAAAUUCCAAAAGCAAAGCUCGUCAGCUGACAGAGCAGCUUAUGCAGAAUCCACAGAUCCUGGCUGCGCUUCAAGGGGGGCUCGAGGGCCUGAACGGUUCACCAUCAGGGUACAUAGAGAGUUUACCAAAAGUUGUGAAGCGGCGUAUCAACGCCCUCAAGAACCUGCAGGUGAAGUGUGCCCACAUUGAGGCCAAAUUCUACGAAGAGGUCCACGAACUGGAGAGAAAAUACGCUGCCCUUUACCAGCCCCUCUUCGACAAAAGAAGCGACAUCGUAAAAGCAGCCUACGAGCCCACAGACGAGGAGUGCGAAUGGAAAGUGGAUGACGAGGAAGAGCUGACAGUAAGUAAGAAGGACGAGAUGAAAGAGAAGGCAAAACUAGAAGAGGAGAAGAAGGACGAGGAGAAGGAGGACCCCAAAGGCAUCCCCGAGUUCUGGUUAACGGUUUUCAAAAACGUGGACUUGCUGAGCGACAUGCUGCAGGACCAUGACGAGCCCAUCCUUAAACAUUUACAAGAUAUCAAAGUGAAAUUUUCAGAUCCAGGCCAACCCAUGAGCUUUACGUUAGAGUUCCUCUUUGAGGCCAACGACUUCUUCACAAACACGCUGUUAACAAAAACCUACCAGAUGAGAUCGGAGCCUGAUGAAGGCGACCCUUUUUCCUUCGACGGACCCGAGAUCAUGUCCUGCACAGGUUGUACGAUCGACUGGACAAAGGGCAAGAACGUCACGUUGAAAACCAUCAAGAAGAAGCAGAAGCACAAGGGCCGUGGCACAGUCAGGACGGUCACCAAAACUGUCCCCAACGACUCUUUCUUCAAUUUCUUUACCCCACCAGAAGUCCCUGAAAAUGCCGAACUGGAUGAGGACUCCGAGGCGGUCCUCGCUGCCGACUUUGAGAUCGGCCACUUCAUCCGUGAGCGCAUUAUUCCUCGUGCAGUGUUGUACUUCACGGGAGAGGCCAUUGAGGAUGACGAUGACGAUUACGAUGAGGAGGGCGAGGAGGCGGAUGACGAGGAAGGCGAGGAGGAGGCAGACGAGGAGAAUGACCCCGACUAUGACCCCAAGGUUUAAGUGGUGACAGUAGAAAAAUAACCCUGUCCUGAAGGAUUCAGCGCCAGCUGAGUGCAAGAACCAGUGAAGCCAGCCUUUGCUGCCGUGAGAGGAUCCACUGCACUGUUACUUCCAAACAUGGGGUCUAUAUAUAUAUAAAAACAAAUAGUAACUUACCGCCUUAUAAUAAUGUUUUUGUAUUUUUCUUGGUAGAGAAUUUGAAGGGUUUUCUUUACAACAACAAAAAAAAAUCAUGGUAAUAUACUUGGAGCUGCGUGGCUCACUAUAUAGUAUUUUACUAGACCAGUUUUUUCUUCCGUACGAUCUAGACUAGAGGGACAAACUCUGGAAGCAUGUUCACCGCUAAAAUAGUUGGGGUUCUUGUGAAGUCUUUUGUGCUACUUGCUCUUCGACAACAGCUGCGCUCGCGAGUCAUCGCUCUUGGCGGGGGUGGCCUCAAAUAUCAAACAUUCCAGCAGGCAAACCAAUCAGGUCCAUUGAUUGUCAUAGCGCGCCUGUGGAGGAUCGAUGGCGACGGGGCUAACAUUCCGUAGUCCAGAGCGUUCAUGUGGAGUAGUAGUAGAAGAGUGGAAGAAGAAUACAUGUCAGGGUUUCACUCGCCUGUGGAACUUGACUUUCCAACACUGUGAAAGAGAGUCGGCCUCCCAGAAGGUCUAACAUCAGGACUGAGGGGGAGAGGGAGCUGGGGGUCCACAUGUAAAGAGCAGCUGUUGUGAAGGCAAAAUGCUAUGUUAUGAAACAAAUACUAAUGUACUCAAUAACUGUUCGUGUCUGUUCAUGAAUAAAUCGGUUAAACAUGUCGCACAA